AUGCUUUAAAUUAUUCCUUAAUUAAGCUUACUAAUUAUAAUAAUGAUUGGGGGGAAUAUUAAUGACAUGAAAAAAGGAUAUACAGAAGAAACACCAUAUUUGAGGAACGAAAAGUCAAUUAGGUUUUUUUAUGAAUAAAUUAAGUAAUACUGCAAACAAUGGUGUUAACCUUUGUUAUAAAUACUUCAAAUAUGA